AAUUAGAAGACUUUUUUGCUAACUUUUACUUUCUUCGUUCGUAUUUGCUAGGCAUACAACAUGUUGUUAAUUUUCAUAUUUCUGAUAUAAUUAUAACACAACCACACACUGUAAGAAAGUGCAAGCUUCUUAUCGUUCUUUACCAAUGAUCUUUCCCUACUACAUCCAGGAGAUAACAUUAUUUAAAUUGCAAACUGCAUAGGCUUAGGGUUAGGCUGCAUCAUCUAACACAAGUCAACAUGUUGUCAAUGUUAUCCUUAAUAUCCGUUUUGAAGACAUGGUGUCUGGUCCUUUCUCCGUGCGCGGCGACGAGCUAUUUGGCGGCAGCACGUACAGCUCCUGGCAUGAAGAAAUAUAUAGAUGGAAGAAACUACACUGCUCACCCUCAGAUGAAGAUCGACAAGAACGGUUGGCUGAUCAUCAAGGCUGGAACUCAAAGACUCGACCGUUUCGAAGCCGGAGUAGGACAACUUCGCCGCAGACGCGCAUCAUCCGGUUUGUACGGUGAGCUUGAGGUCUCACAGCCUCCGUCGAUCCCGAACCUGCCUUCGGAAGUGGUGAGCGACCGCCUUCUUCCUUUCCUAGGAUCUUUACCUAGACGCGCUCUAGGACGUGCUGACAAACAGACUGCAAAGGCCGUGGCCCCGCAGCUUUUUCUCCAGGAAGCUAAAACAUCGUUAGAAAACAAUACAAACGUUCACCAGUCUACUCAUCCUCGUGGUCGUGCUGGUCUUCAAGGUAUAAAAACUUCUACCUCGUCCUCCUCCUUGUCGAGUUCUGGCAUCAAUCUGUCUGAGAGAGCAGGAACAAAAUUAAGGCUAGGCUUUAGGUUUUCCUGCUUUCGUUUCCUUCGUUAGAAGUUUGACAACCCACCUUCAGCUUUACUACUUAAAUAACGUUAUUAAGAGGGGGGUAUUAAAUGUGCAAGGGAAACAAGAAAUGAAAAAUCAGAAGAAAAAAAAGGGGUUGAAGGAAGUAGUGCAUCAAGUAAUUAAACAUUACACCUCUCGAAUGGGUACACUACUACUACUACUACUACUACUACUACUACUACUACUACUACUAAAUCAAUCAUGCAUCAUAAAUAAAGAUCAACGGAAUAAGGCUAAGAAGCUCAGAACAAUACGAAAACCCCAGUUCAACGUCUAACAACGGUUCUCGAUUAUGAAGUGCCUGCGGCAAGUGGUGGCGAUCAUCAUCAAGUAACAGCUUCUGACCAACAUCAUCAUCCUGCACCUUCUUCAAGUGCUGGCGAUCGCCAUCAAAUGAUGCCUGCGCAACACGGACGGGAGGAUCAUCAUGAUCGGCUCGUCAUCAUCUCCAGAGAGCCCGUCCUCUACGAUGGCAAUGCUGAGUUCCAGGGUCAAUAUGGUACUACUAGUACCACACUCGAACUUAUGCGUAGAGAGCCACCGGAAAUCCAGUGGUAUAGGUAUGUGGUUGCAGUUCCAAGACGACCACUUCUUUGUCUACAUUAUAGAAGCGAUGACCGAUACGAUCCUACUACGGCGGACGAUUGCCAACGUCGAUUGACUUCCUCCUAUGAUGAAGAUAGGCCUUCGCGCGGCCUUGAAGAUGGGUCAGAAGAUAUGGGACGAGAUAUGGUGGCCUGUACCUCCGGAUCUUCCAAUCCGCCACCUCCUCCGACACCAGGGGCUGAAAAAGUGCGGCGACAGUCCUCUGACAAGCGGCUCAGAAGCCCAGGUGUCCCAGCAUCUCCAGGAGGUAGCGGAGUUGUAGCAACAACAAACACCCAAGCUGAAGGAACAUCUGGCGAAAGCGCCCACGAAGGAGACGGCGUGAUCCUUCAUAUCGUGUCGCAAGAUGAUGCAGCACAGAAGAAAGACAAGAAAGAAGAUCUUCCUGUUGUGCUCGUCCACAGCAACCCUUCUGGGUGGAAUAUCAAGAGUCGUGGUACGUAGUGCCUCCUCUUCGAAACAGUGAAAUUGAUACGUGGAAGAUAACGUCACAACAAGAGAAAGUUUUGCUGUGAUCUUCUGGUUGAUAAAUAUUUGCUUUGUCUUUGGGCGCGCUCGCCCCGGACCCGAAGAAAAUUUAUAAUCUAUGCAUAAAAUAAUAAGUACAACUAGAUGUUGAAGAUGGUGUCGAAGAAAUAAGCGAUUGUCGAAGUAGGGGCUCGAAGAGAAGCUUACCUCAUCAGAGUCGAUAUUAUUUUAUAGCUAUACAGCUAUUCACUUUAUCAGUCUACUUGGUCUUGUCCUUUGAAAAUUUUUCCUUGGACAUUUCCAUGAGUAUGACAGCGAUUGAUUAGUGGUCUUUCCCAGGGGGACAAAAAUGAAGAGGAUAGACUACAUAGGAGAAGAAUCGCAUUGGCGCAUCACUAGCGUUGUUUAAAUAACGUUCGGAAGAAUACGCUAACGCUUGUGCGGCCGCGUCAACAACCCGGGCAGGUAAAACAGCCUAGCAUUACGAGCACCAAAAUCCGAAUGCCAAAACUUUACAGACUAGAAAGCCAAGAUGCACCAGUCGAGAACGGAGUGAAACUCUUCUCAUUAUAACAUGUUCCGUCGUUCUCUUCAAAUGUUUACGAUACAGAAUCUGAACACGAAAUAUUUUCGAUAGAAGUGAAGAUAGACGAUACCAAAGGUAGAUUUGCAUCACGAUACUUUUUAUCACUCUGAUCUAUCCAUGUUCUUCAGCCUGAGCAUAACAGCAAAUAAU